AUGGCAAAGCGCUCGUGCGUCGCUGCCGAGCAUAUGCCGUGGUGUCACUACUGCCUGGCGCGUGUCUACGCCUUUCUCACCAAUGCGUUUCACCAGUUAGGCUUGCCGGAGAAGCUGUGCCGUCAGAUGGCCGCGGCGCUUCCGCAUAUUGCCGCGCCGACGCCCGCGCAGAGCGCGCUCAUCCCAGCGAUGCUUGCCCCCAACGACGUGAUUCUGCGUGCCCAUACGGGCUCAGGCAAGAGCUUCGCGGUCCUAUUAGCGCUUCUUGCGCGCCCUCGUCUGCUCUUCAAGACGAACUCUACGGCACCCUCGGCGGGUAUUUCCGCGCUCGUGCUCGUGCCAUCCAACGAGCUUGCGCUUCAAUACAUGCGCUGGGCUUACGAGCUUAUGCCACGUGAGCUACACGGACACAUGGACGCGGUGCUCCAGUGUGUCGUGCGGGGCAGUGCCGAGACACCGGACAGCCAGUGUGAACGGCUACGUCGGCGACCGCCGCACAUUCUUGUCGGCACACCGACGCGAGUGCAGGAGAUCUUGCGCAUGCCGCACGGCGCGACACUGCUGGGCAUUCCUACGCUGCGCACGUUGGUGCUUGAUGAGGCGGAUGCGCUGCUUCAGCUUCCUGGGCGCUUUCCCAGUGAGAAGCAGCGCUGGAAGCAUGCCGUACACCGCACGGCCGGUCUCGAUGUGCUGAAUACUGUGAUGCAGGCGCGUGCGACGUACUCGGGCGGAGAGCGUGUCAUGAACGCUGGUCUUGAGCGUGGUCAGCACACCAAAGGCACCGAGCGCCGGCCGCCCGAGCACAUACGCCGUACACAAUACCGCGGUGCGGAAAAGUCGGACUUGGCACCGCCGCGUGAGCGCGUGGCAGGCGCUGUGCCGCUGCAACUCGUGUGUACGAGUGCGACGGCGAACUCAGUUUUGCGCCACUUUUUCGGGGCGCGUACGGGAUGGCUGCGCACGAAUACGCGCGAGACCCGCGAUCUGGCGCGCUGGAUUGACCUUACUGGCAUGAGCGGUCAGCUGAGCGCAGUGGAUGUGCCGCUGAGCGGCGCAUUGCCGCGAGAGAUUGACCAUGCUUGUGUGGUCGUGGACGAGCCGCGCGAUGGUGCGCCACCGGGCCUACGCAAUCUGGACGUGCGGCGGAAGCGCGCAGCUCCUGGGGCACCUGGUGCACCUGCGCGUCCAGUGGCGCCAGGGCCACCGCGGCAUGCGGUUGAUCCGCUCCUCCUCGAGGCGCUGGCCUAUAUCUAUGCGUCAGAAGGCGUGCGUCGCGCGAUCGCGCUCGUGCCGCCGCAGUGGAGCGUGCGCCGAGUGGCCGACGAGUUGGCGUCGCUGGGCGUGCCUGUUCAUAUGGUGCAGCCGGACGAUGCUGCUCGCAGUGCCGACGAGUGUGUGUAUGUGCUACAGAGCACGAGCGCCCGGGGUCUGGAUGUCCAGGGUCUCUCGCACGUUUUUCUGGUGGGCAUCGAUGCUGUACAGGAUGCUGUACACUACACGCAUGCGGCAGGUCGUGUCUCGCGCAUCACAGGUGCGGGCGCGGGCGCCCGACCGCCUGGCGACGUCGUGACGCUGCUGCGGAGCGAUCCUGGCGUGGAGGUGAAAAUGGCCCGAUUGUACGAGCGGCUGCAUCUGACGCCGCGCGCCUUGUCCCUACCUACAUAG